ACUGGCAACUCUGCAGUACAUCUAAUGUAAAUUGUAGCGAAUUUGUUUAUUACGUUUAUUUAACUAAAAUUGUGAUAAAAAUAAUAAUAAAAAUAAUAGUAAUAGAAAUAUAAAUAACAUAUUUUAAAAAGAUUUGAAUAAUUCGAAUAUGGCUGUUGAGGUAUCACAUCCCUCAACCGAUCAGCCGCAGCAACCACUGUUGGCUGCUCAAAAUUCCCUGGAACAAACAUUUGUAUUUUUUCACAACUCAACACAGCGCUAUGUCAAUUUGUACUGGAUGGACUUUAAUGGUCGUCAGGACUUUUUUACCAUGCUUAAACCGGGCGCAGGCAUUAAGGCAAACACAUUUGUUACCCACCCCUGGAUAUUCCGUGACUCACAGACCGGCGAACGUAUGCAGGUAAAACAUCAAGAUAUAUUUUGGCCUCAACUUUACAGGGUACGUGAUCCACAGAACCGUUGUCAAUGGAUACCUUGUCGUAAAUUGAUAACCAUACAUCAGCCAGUACGUUCAUUGCGUUAUACCAGUCUGUGGAAUUAUGCCAAACAAAUAUAUGGAAAUCAAAGGGUCGUAUUGGAACGGGAAGACAUACCAAAUAUUUUGAAACGUGACUUGAGUAAUGUAUUGAAGUUAAUAGAAAAACAUCAAGCAAUGGGGGUGAGAGGCAGGUAGCUGUAGUGUAGUUAGGGAAUUGGUUAAAAUGAUUAUUCAUUUCUUAAUUGGAAUGACUAAAACUGAAAUAUAUAUAUAAUUUUAAUGCAUUUCAUAUAAGAAUUUAAACUAAUAUUUGCCCAUUUAGGAAUAAAUUUUUAUGCAGAAUCUUUUGUUAGUAAAAUAUCCUCCAUAAGGAAUGUAGUUUUAUGUCUAAAAAUAUUUCAUUUUUUAAAAAAUUUCCUUAAAUUAAUUUUAGUUUCUAACGACUUUAAUUGGACAACAUUUUAAAAUUCUCACAAGCACGUUUUUAAAACAAAUAAUUCUAAUAAUUUGUUUUUAUUAAUUAAAAAGCUAUUAGGAAUACGAAUUCCUAAAUUUGAAAUUCUGCCUCAAAGGCGUUAUCAAUAGAAAGAAACACAAAAUAAAUUAGAAUUAAGUAGUUAGAUAUUUACAUAUUUUUAUGUUUUGCCUUUAUUUAGAGUAAUUGGCAUUGAUUUCAUCAUCAUCAUCAUAUUUGAAUAUGUAUCUUUAUUUUUUAUUAAUUAUUAUAGCUAAAAAUUGGAUAACAACUUCUGUACUUUUUUUAUUCUUUUUACUCAAUAAGAUUUUAUUUAGUUUGUUGCUGAAAAGUCGAAUAUUUUAUAUAGUGUAAAAAAUGCCGCAAUUGUAAAACAACAUCGUUUCUGGUUUUUAAUUCAAGUCCUUCUUAUGCAUAAGAAUACUUUGGAGUAAAUAUAAUUUAAUUUUAACAUAAAUCUUGAUUAACAACAAACUAAAUAAAAUCCUUUAAUAUUGAUAUACA